AUGUUGACGACGCCAUCGCGGCUGUUCAAGUUGAUCAUUCCUUUAACGACAAUUGGCAACCAAGGCCAUGAUAAAGAAAUCGAGCCCAUAGCCAUCCUCGUCCACCCUCAGCAGCCUCUCUCAUACCUGGAGCGACUAAUCCAAUCCGAACUACCCCCAAUCAAAGGUCAAACCGACAAGCUCCGUCCACCAGCAGUAUCAUUCAUCGCCCUCCAACACGAAGACAACGCAAUCAGGCCCAAAAAGCGCAUCGAAGACGAGAUAGACAUCGAAGCAACCCACAACCACACAGACGCGGACUACGUCCCCGGCAACGACGGCGCCGGCGGCUCCAAACCUCUCGGCCACGGCCCCAUUCAACACCGCCGCUCCCGCGAAGAAGACGUCGAAACCUACAGCUAUCCACGCCACAUGAGCGAGUCCCCAGCAGACGGCGAACCCGAGCGCUUUGUCCGCUGGUCCCAAGCCACAGAGGUGGGCGACUUCAUCCGGGAUGCAGCUCGGGCCCAAGAGUUUAUCAUCACGAUCGAAGGCGCACCGUCGGGUCUAAGCCAGAUCCGCGUUGCGGUGCCGUCGUUCAACGAGCGCACCUAUUACCUCCGCAUGCGGCUGCGCAAGCUCUCCCGCCGCAUCCAAACGAUGGCGGAUGUCAAGGAGAAGUGCGAUGCGUUGGCGCAUCGGGGUGCGCAGCGGGUUGCGAUUGGUGGGUUUGGGAUUUUGGCUGUCUGGUGGUUUACCGUUUACCGGUUGACGUUUGAGACGGAUUUGGGGUGGGAUACUAUGGAGCCUGUUACUUAUUUGGUGAGUUUGUCGACGUUGAUGGGGGGUUAUUUGUGGUUUCUGUAUCACAAUCGGGAGAUUUCGUAUAAGUCUGCGUUGGACUUUACGAUCAGUGCGAGGCAGAAGAAGCUUUAUCAGUUGCAUAAGGUGGAUUUGCAGCUUUGGGAGACGUUGAUUGAUGAGGGGAAUUCGUUGCGGAGGGAGAUUAAGAGUAUUGCGGCUGAGUAUGAUGCUGAGUGGGAUGAGCGGGCUGAUGAGCAGGAUCAGCGGGUGACGGAGGUGUUGAAGUCGGAGCGACGACAGAAGCAGGAGAAGGAUUCUGAUGAGAAGGAGACUGAUGUUGAUUGA